CCAAUUCAGCUUUUGAGAAAGUCUGCAGUGGUCCAGCCUCGGGAAAAUAGAAAAUAUCUUAGAUGACCUAGUGGGUUACACUGAAGAUAUAUUUAUCCCACCCUUCUCCAUUUCAUGGAAGCAGGGACUAGAAACACAGUGGGUUCAUGGGUCUCCUUAUAAAGACGUGUCAUCAUUAAGGGGGAGUCAGUGAGGGGGGAGUCAGAGGAGAAGAGAAGGCAGUCACAGUAACAGUGGAAUAACAGAUUAAGCCGCUAGAGAAGAAAGCAGGAGCUCUAUUAGUGAUACAACAUAUACAGGAAGACAGGGAGAAGAUACAAACACAUAGAAACAGAUAGGGGCAGAUGUAGACAUGAUACAGACAGAUCUGCUGAAAGGAAAGCUGUAGGGAAGGAGGCAGGGAAGCUAAGAUCAGGCUGCUCAUCUCUAUACACAAACAUAAGUCAUCAACACAUCAAGGACUACUGGAAAGAUGCUGCCAGGAGAAACAGCUCCCAACCCAGGUCCAGCCCAGAAACCUGGGGAGAAGGAGACACUGGAUGAGGCCAAAGCAUUCUAUGACAAUCUCACCCCCACCAAGAAACCCAAAUUGCCUAAGACUCACAAUGCAAUAACAAUAGCAGUAUCCUCCAGAGCACUUUUUCUAAUGGAAGAAGAGCAAAAGAUUUACCAAGAAAAGGGUCUGGAGGAAUAUGUUCGGUAUCAGCUAGAACAUGAAAACGAGCCUUUCAAGCCUGGAGCUGCAUUUCCAUUUGUAAAGGCUCUGGAAUCAGUUAACAAUCAACUUCGCCAGCUAUGUCCAGACAGUGAAGAUCUUUUUGAUAUUGUCCUCAUGACUAAUAACCAUGCUCAAGUUGGAGUACGGCUCAUCAAUACCAUAAAUCAUUACAACCUCUUCAUUGAGCGUUUCUGUAUGACUGGAGGCAACAGCCCAAUUGAAUACCUGAAAGCUUACCACACCAACCUGUACCUCUCAUCUGAUGGCCAGAAAGUGCAAGAAGCUAUAGAAGAAGGUAUAGCAGCAGCAACCAUUUUUAGCCCAAGUCACAAUGUGUCUGUUCAUGAAGAACAACUACGUGUAGCCUUUGAUGGAGAUGCUGUCUUGUUUUCUGACGAGUCAGAACAAAUUGUAAAGGAGCAUGGGCUGGAAAUGUUUUUUGAACACGAGAAAACUUAUGAGAACAAGCCUCUGGCACAGGGACCUUUGAAGGGUUUCCUGGAAGCUCUGGGGAGGUUACAAAAGAAAUUUUAUUCCAAGGGAAUGAGGAUGAACUGCCCUAUUCGCACUUAUUUAGUUACUGCACGUAGUGCUGCCAGUUCUGGCGCACGGGCCCUAAAAACACUACGUAGCUGGGGACUUGAGACUGAUGAAGCAUUAUUCUUGGCUGGAGCCCCAAAAGGACCUCUCCUUGAAAAGAUUCGCCCACACAUAUUUUUUGAUGACCAGAUGUUUCAUGUUGAGGGAGCUACGGAGAUGGGCACCGUAGCAGCUCAUGUACCAUACGGUGUAGCACAAAGACAUAAAUACAAAAUUUCUCAAAACAGCAAGUAAUACAUCCUUUGGCAACUGCAGCCAUGCACUGUGCACAGGAUAUUACCACAAUACAUAUUUAUUUGUGUUCUUUGGGUUUAAUGGAAAGCCCAGAAUUGUUUACAAUGCUCCUUGUUCUUUAUUAGAACCACAUGGGGCAUAAUAAAAAUACUAUAAAGUGACUUUUUUGUGAUGAGUGCCCAUGCACAUUCACUAUUGCUGCCUACUUUGCAUAAUGACAUGUUUGCAACCAGUGACAGAGAAUGUUAUCCUUGUCUGUUGUCCAUGUUACAGAUGCCUCUGUCCUUAUAUGCAACUGUAAUGUGGUGAAUGUAACAAUACUAAAUAGGCCACUAAUUAAUCCCUUCUUUCUUUGCACAGCUACAAGCUCCACUUGUAGAAAAACGAGUGGAACAGUCUUAGACCAGCCUUAAUUAUAUUAUAUAUAAAAGCAAAAAUGGGAAAAUGAGUCUACUGAAAAAUGUUACUCACCCAAGCCUGCAAAUUAUUAAGUGUGCAAAAAUACAAAAACACUGUACCCUGUAUGUUUUCUUUUAUUUGCAAGGUAAAAAUACACUCCCAUUGUUUAAGUUAUAUUUAUGUGCUAAAUGGUAGUUGUCCUUUCUUCAGUGGAUUUUUUGUGUUGUUUGCUAAUAGGGUGCUUGGGGUUUGGUAAUGGUGUCCUUUUGCUUGUUUAGCUAAGCCAAAUAUGAAUGGAUUUCCACUGUAAUUUUUUGUGCAUAUUUUUUAACCAUAAAAUAAGAAUCACAGAUUUAUUAUGUUCCAUAUACACAAAGAUUGUGACAUUUAUUUAUACUGGAUGCUGGAAACAUUUGCUUCUCAGAGCAGGGAAGAGGGUGAAAUUUGUGACUGGAGAGGUCAAUGCAGACCCAGGCUCACUCCCUGCUCCAGCCCCCCCCCCCCAAUUGAGAAAGUAUGGUGCAUGGGGGAGGUAGUAGUUGGCAACUGCGGUGUGGGGGCCAAAAAGUGUCUGGAGGCCCUAAGAUGGCAGCCCCAGUGGGCCCCAAACACCCCAGUCCAACACUGGGGGAACCCACCAGUAGAUGACUUUCCAUCAGAGAGUCUAAGCCUCUCAAAACCUUCAUUCUCUUUCUGUGUCUCAGAGUGAUAACAUCAAAAUAUAUGUUAUGAUAUAUAAUUUCUGGAAAACAGUACUUGAAAUUACAGAAAACCAAAGAGAACCAAAUAAUCGUUUCAACCAAUGGUAUUGUGAGAGG